AUGGUUUCAUUCAUUCAUUUAUCGAGGGCGCCGCCCUGGCGCCAGCACCCCGGCGCCAAGCCGCCUUGUCCUGAACGACCGCAGUAUCGUGCCGGGACCCGCCCUUGCUGCACAAUGAAUAUUUUUCAUGUUGUAUUCGUCAUUGUGUUAUUUAAGACAGUGAGUGCGAAAAUCAGUGGAGGUCCGAGAGGCCGUUUCGAUAAUAUCCAACGAAAACCUAGUCAUCAUGUUAGCGCUCAUCACGCACAUUAUUCCUACCAUCCACCUACGGCGAUACAUUUCAUGUGUCGCCACUGUGCGAACUUCGUCACGUACCCCGUCUAUCACGGGCUACCACCCACAUAUGUGUAUAAGUACCGCGAACAUGGUGGCAGAUUUGCUGAUUUGUUGACCGGACUAGCGUUGUACAAUUUGGGAAGGGCUUCGACCGAUCACUGGCAGUACACACAUUUCUACCCAUUGCGUUCAGACGAGAAAUGUUCUAUGCAUGUUAUCGAUAGAAAACAUUUUGAAGAGGUCGCUUUCCCUUGUUUCUUAAUGUCGUCAUUUAUGGAACGAUCACCUGAGAGCUUCUUACCGGAUCCUAACGCUUUAGACAUUACUUCGCCACAGAUAGAUAUAAAACCGUAUUUACAUCACAACGGUUCCACUCUGAAGGUGACGAGCGAGCAGGAGUGUAUUUUAUGGCAUAAUAUGACAUUAAAUAAGGAGCGAAACAUAAUACCAUGUGCUUUGUUAAAAGAAUAUUCGGAGACUAUGAAGCCUUCUGGUAUACCUGUAUACGUCUGGCUGCCGUCUACUCUUGCUUUGGUUAUCACUAUAUAUACGUGUGGCUAUUGCUGCUGCAAGAGAAGGAUGAGGAAGGAAGAGAUGCCGUACAAUGAUACCACUGUAAUUGGAUAUUGCACCAGACACUAU